UGGACAACUUUACCCACCUGCGCUAAUAUAGAUCUUCCUCCUGCUUCAAACAUCAUGGCUACCAUGGCGGCGAACACCUUCACAUCCACCUCCCGUGCCUAUCUCUGCCAUCAAUAUCCCUCCUUUCCCCGUACCUCCACCAUCCGAUGCUCCUCCCAUCCCACCAAAACCCUAGCCCCUGACAAAUUACCCGCCGCCGAACCCUCGCCUGUCUUCCACUCUGUCAAAUCCUUCGCCCCUGCCACAGUCGCCAACCUCGGCCCCGGUUUUGACUUCCUCGGCUGUGCCGUAGACACCCUCGGCGACACAGUCACUCUCUCCAUCGACCCCUCCAUCCCUCCCGGCACCAUCACCGUCUCAUCCAUCACCGGAGAUCAUCCUUCCGCCGUCUCUAAGUUGAGCCGAAACCCUAACUUUAACUGCGCUGGAAUUGCCGCUGCCGCCGCCAUGCGCAUGCUCGGCGUCCGUUCCGUUGGCCUUUCUCUCCACCUCCACAAAGGUCUUCCCCUCGGCAGCGGACUCGGCUCCAGCGCCGCAAGUGCCGCAGCCGCCGCCGUCGCCGUCAACGCCCUAUUCGGUGGCGGCCUAUCACAAUCCGACCUCGUCUUGGCUGGCCUUGAAUCGGAGAAGAAGGUCAGCGGGUACCACGCCGACAACAUUGCUCCCUCCUUGAUGGGAGGGUUCGUUCUCAUCCGAAGCUACCGCCCUCUUCAACUGAUGCAUCUCGAGUUCCCUGUAGAUCGAGAGCUCUUAUUUGUGUUAGUGAGCCCGGAAUUCGAGGCUCCGACGAAGAAGAUGAGGGCGGCUUUGCCGGAUUUGGUGAAAAGGGAGGAACAUGUGGCUAAUUCAAGCCAGGCGGCGGCGCUGGUUGCUGCGAUACUUCAAGGAAAUGUGAGAGUUUUGGGAUCAGCGUUGUCGUGUGAUGGGAUCGUGGAGCCCAAGAGAGCGCCUUUGAUUCCUGGAAUGGUUGAUGUGAAGAAGGCGGCGGUGAAAUGCGGCGCAUUUGGUUGUACAAUAAGCGGGUCUGGGCCGACGGCGGUGGCGGUGGUGGAUGAUGAGGACAAGGGAAAGGAAAUUGGGGAGAGGAUGGUGGAGGCUUUUUUGAUCGGAGGGCGUUUGAAGGCUUCUGUGGUGGUGGCAAAGCUUGACAGGGUGGGAGCAAGGAUUAUCAGCUGCAAUGCAGAUUAGUUUAAAUGUAAUUAAUUGUUUUGUUUUUUUAGUUAUUUGGUUUGCAUGUUUGUGCGAGUACAGUAGUGGAUGUCUGCAUUAGUU